CACACAUGUACCAUACCAUAGAGACGGGACAUAUAUGUGUUUAAGGUACGGUCGUUGUUUGAUUUCAUUUUAUGUAGCUGUGGCAAAUAACAAAAAAUAUUUUACUUUAAAAACAAUGGCUUUGACUGCUGGAAUUAUGAUAAUUAACGCUGUCCUAUUUGGAACAGUUAACUCAAACAAAUGUAGUUCAUUUGAAGCAAGCAAGGACAAUCUUAAUAAAGCCUUGAUCGGUCAUUCCGUGUUAGAAGUUAAUGAUAAAAACCAUCACGAUUGUGCGCGAACCUGUAUAUCAAUGUCCGUCUGUAAAUCGUUCGACUUUGACAGAAACGAGCAUGUGUGUAAAUUAAAUGAUGUUGACAAGUCGUCCGUUGAUCCAUCAGAGUUUAAAACAAAAAGAGGCGCUAUUUUCUCUGAUAUCAGCGAAUGGCCUAGCGCAAUGGUUGGAAGUUGUAGCUCAAGGCCGUGUAAAGCGAACCAAAGAUGUUUCCAAAAUGGUGUUUCACAUGUGUGCAAAGACAUAACCUGUGCUUUUGAUCAGAAAAUUGAAAAUGGUAAAGUACAGAUUAGUGCGCCUGGCGAAAACAAGUUCCUCGACGUAGCUCUAGUAAAAUGUGAUACUGGUUAUGUUCCUAGUCAACAAGAGGUGAAAUGUGAGGCUUCGGAAAAAUGGCAGCCUGCAACGUGUAAAUUACCAAGUGAUUGUAAAGAACUCCUUGAUAAGGUUCCUGAGGCGAAAAGUGGACAAUAUGAGAUAAAACUUUGGACAUCUGGGAAGAUUCUGACUGUGAACUGUGACAUGCAAACAGAUGGCGGUGGUUGGACGAUAUUUCAUAGGCGAAUGGACGGGUCAGUGGACUUUUAUCGCAACUAUGCAGAAUAUGAGAAUGGCUUUGGGAACGUUGAUGGAGAGUUGUGGCUAGGAUUACAGUAUAUACAAGAGCUAGCUGGACAAGGUUCUACAGAGAUUCGUCUUGACAUGACAAGAAAUGAUAGUACAACAGGACAUGAAAUUUGCCCAGACUUUAAGUUGACAGAAGGAACAAAAUAUAAACUAAACAUUGGGUCAUGCACACGUGUUGACUUGCUCAGUAUUGGAUUUGAUCACAACAAUCAAAUGCCUUUUUCAACUUACGACCGUGAUCUUGACACGAGCUCAAUUAACUGCGCAGUAUUUUUACGUGGGGCCUGGUGGUAUAGCAAGUGUGCUCGUGUCAAUCUAAAUGGAUUAUAUGUGACGCCAGGCACCUCUACAAAGACCGGACACUGGCAUUAUGGGUUUGAUUACCAUAAUUCAUUGAGAGCGUCAUCAGUGAUGAUAAGAAGGAAAUAAUAUCAGUAAUCGAGGGAAGAUUAAUUUUCAUAAAUUCAGAGAAUAGCAUGAUCGUACUCAAAAGAACAUUUUCAUAAUUAUCAGUUAUAGUUUUGUAUCAGACAUGGUUUAAAAGUCUUAUUUAUGAUUGACUUAUGCUGUAGGACAUUGACAUUUUCACUUAUCGGAUUGGUGACAGCAUAUUAUCACGUGACAGUAUAUUAUCACGUGACAGCAUAUUAUCACGUUUCAACAUUAAACCACGUCACGGAAUAUAACUAUGUUACAUCAUAAAAUAACGUGACAUCAUAUAAUCUGGUGAAAUAUGAUUAUCACCAGACAAUAUUUAACUCUUUGUCAGCAAAUAAUCACGUGGCAACACGAAAAUGAAAAAAUGACGUUUAAUUGUUUUAUUAUUUUUCCAACUUUUUUGUUUUUUGUCUAAAUGUAUGUCUCGAGCUGUAAGAAUGUGUUUAAGUCGAAAUUAUAUCCAAUAAAAAAUAGGAGGCAUUGUCAUAUUUUAUAUUUAAUACCAUUUUGUCAUUGUGUUUUCCAAACUAAAUGUGUUUCAUUAAUAAAUAAGAUAUAAGCUCUUGUACGUGUAAAGAGGUUUUGAAAAAGAAAAGACAAUUAAAUAGUAAAUUGUUCUGUAGGGAAAUCUGAUAUGUCUGUUUUCAUGAGGGUAAUCACUACUUACCAUAAGUCCUUCCUUAAUCUUUAAACAUUAGAUUGGAUAAGUAAGUGAAUAUGUACAGAAAAUACUAUUAAAACCUUUAUUUUUUACUUUGUAUUUUAAAGUAUUUUACAUACUUUGUAAUAUAUAAUUUAUAUCAGUCUAUAUGGUGCAGCCGGAACUGUGAAGAUUCUUUAUAAGAUUUCCUUUUGAUAUAUUAAGUUCGAGUCAUACGAUAUAGCGUAACAUGAUUGUUUCCAAUAGAAUUUUUAACAAAAAUGCUCUGUGUCAGCUAUAAAUUUACCAUUAUAAUAAAAGUAAGUGAAUCAAAUAAUUCUUAUAUUGUAAGUGUUGUCAUCCUAAUAAACCUGCAUAUUACUAAAGAUACCUUUAAUUAUUUCCAGUGAAAAGUAUGCCUAACAAGCCUUGUAUCUAAGCUGCACGUGUCGCGAUUGUAUUAUGAAUAAAGUUCAAACAACGUAAUACGUGUACCCUUCUAUAGUGGAAAUUAAUUAACUGAUCAAUUGACCAAAAAGUGUUUAACCAAACACGAUUAUAUUUUUUUCAGUCUAAGGCCCAUUAUAAAGCAAGUGUCGGACAGUAGAAAAAAUGUUUGGUAGCCUAAGGGAAACCUGGAAUGGAAGAAAAAAAGUAAGCUAAUCCUUCCUCCAGAUUUUAUAAUAUAUUUCAUUUGAAAUUAAAAAUUUGAUAAAUAGUUGUCCAAUCACUGAUACAAGCAGUUUUAAAAAAUAUGAAUUAUUAUUCAUCAGUCCAUUACACGUAUUUUGUUGCAUAUUUUCACACAUUUUUAUUGUAUUUUGUAUGGUAAUAUUGUUUAUAUUUUAUAUAUAUUUUCAUCGUUUAUGAUUGAUUUGUGCAAAUUGUAAAAACAAUUGUAUAUUGUAUGGUUCUACGUUAAUCGCCUAGACAAUUACAUGAGUGACUGGUUGUUGUGUAAAAAAUUGCAAAAGAAUUGUAUUAUGAAUCGUUCUGCAUCUGAUGUGCUGACAAAUAUAAAACUUCAUCGUUCAUCAUGUAUAAGUAUUGUGUAAAACAAACUGUAAAACAAUUGUAACUAUAUUUUAUGCUUCUACAUUAAAUGCCUGGAUAAAUACUAACUUGCAUGGUGAACAAUUGUAUAUGAUAUGCUUCUACAUUAUUUGCAUAGAAAAAUAUAUACUUUCAUAGUAUAUGGUUAGUAUGUAAAACAAUAGUAUUUUUUGUAUGGUUCUAUAUCAAAUAUAUUGACAAAUACAUGCUUUCGUCGUUCAUGUUGUACAAUUACUGUGUGAAAACUGUAAAUAUAUUGUAUAUUAUAUGCUUCUUCAUUAAACAUACAGAAAAAUAUA